AACGCGAGCGCGAGCGAAACGCUCCCAAAACAAAGACGACAUUGUUCAAUUCACUUUUUUUUUUAGCUCCCAAUAUUUCCCUGGCGCUUUUACCUCGACACGUUUGUUACUGUGCGGGUGUCGUAAGGUGCUCGUAGGAAUGCCUUUGGAUGGAACAGGUGGCAUUCACUUGUAAUUAGACGGCACUCGGGCGCAUUGGGGACAAGUCUAAUUCCCGGACUACGAGCCCAGGAAGACGGUGGAGGAGCGGACAACAGUCAUGCCGGUGGCCGAGUGCGAGCCGUUGCCGGAGGGCGAGGCCGACGAGGGCGCCCCGGGGCCGGCGGCGGCCACGCUGUGCGGCAGCCCGGCCGCAGACCUCCUCAAGAAGUUCUACCACACCAAGCGGGUCGGCAACUACCUGAUCGGGAGGAAGCUGGGCGAGGGAUCCUUCGCCAAAGUCAGGGAGGGGCUGCACGCCCUCACCGGGGAGAAGGUGGCGGUGAAGGUGAUCGACAAGCGCAAGGCCAAGAAGGACUCGUACGUGACCAAGAACCUGCGUCGCGAGGGCCACAUCCAGCAGAUGAUCCGCCACCCCAACAUCACGCAGCUGCUGGACAUCUUGGAGACGGAGAACAGCUACUACCUGGUGAUGGAGCUGUGCCCGGGCGGAAACCUCAUGAACCGCAUCUACGACAGGAAGCGGCUAGACGAGCGCCAGACGCAGAAGUUCAUCCGCCAGUUGGUGCUCGCCGUCGAGCACCUGCACAGGGCCGGCGUCGUGCACAGAGACCUCAAGAUCGAAAACCUUCUGUUGGACGAGCAAGACAACAUCAAGCUCAUCGAUUUCGGCCUGAGCAACUGCGCCGGCAUCCUGGGCUACUCGGACCCCUUCAGCACCCAGUGCGGGAGUCCGGCCUACGCCGCCCCGGAACUGCUCUCCAGGAAGAAGUACGGACCCAAAGUGGACGUCUGGUCCAUCGGCGUCAACAUGUACGCCAUGCUGACGGGCACGCUGCCCUUCACCGUGGAGCCCUUCAGCCUGCGGGCGCUGCACCAGAAGAUGGUGGACAAGGAGAUGAACCCGCUGCCGCCCUCGCUGUCCACAGCCGCCGUCUGCCUGCUGAAGAAGCUCCUGGAGCCCGACCCCAACAAGCGGCCCAACAUCCACCAGGUGAUGGCCGACUCGUGGCUGCAGCUGGCCAACAGGAACACGGGGGCGCCCUACCUCAACAGGAUCCACAUCGAGGAGAUCGACCACACGGUCCUGCUGCACAUGACGGAGAAGAUGGCCUACAAGCACAGCGAGGUCCUCAGCGCCGUCCUCACCAACCGCGCCUGCCACACGCUGGCCGUCUACUUCCUGCUCAACAAGAAAAUGAAGAGGCUGUCCAAAGAGUACAGGGAGCUGCAGUUCCAGGAGAAGAAGAAGGGCGACAAGCCCAAGAACGAGUACUUCCAGACGCAGUGGCGCAAGCACGUGGACAAGCUGACCAUCCCGCCCAAGCAGACGCCCGUCUACUUGGCCGUGAGCAAAGGGCCCAGCAAGGACAAGAAGCACCGCACCGGUCUGCUACGUGCUCUGACUGGUGGCCAUCGUAACUCCCCGCUGGCGCCCCCGGGCACGGUGGCAUCGUCGUCCAUGGAGUACCUGGAGAUCCAGCCUCUCUUCUCGUCCCACACGCCUCAACAGCGCCGCCGGCUGGCCACCAUGCCGCCCGUCAACAACAGCGGCAGCCCCGAGCACGGCGUGCCCGCCCCGCCCGCGCCCUCGCCCAUCGGCAUGCACUCGUUCGGCUCGCUCUCCAAGGCCGAGCGGCUGGACGACACGCCCGCCUCGCCCUGGUACAAGCUGACCAACGGGACGCUGUCGCCGCCCCGCCACGUCUCCGCCUUCCAGCCUGACUCGUCCUACCUGAAGAAGGCCACCGUCCCCAGUCCGCCCGUGCUCAUCGUCCACCCGCAGCCCAAGAAGAGCGUCUCCGCCGACUGGGGCGGCGGCUUCUCCUCCGACGCCGGCGGCAGCCCGCCCAGCGCGGCGGGGAGCCCGCCGGGCGGCUCGGGCUUCAGCCCGCCCAAGUCGGCCUUCAGCCCGCUAAACCCGGCGUCCGCCUUCAGCCCGCCGUCCAAUCUCGGCGGUAGCGGCAGCGACUCCGACAGCCCCACGCAGCGCGCCAAGUUCCCCUGCGUGGGCGUCGGCCUGGCGCUCAAGAAGAAGGUCCAGCUGCAGCCCUUCAGCUUCCGGCCCGAGCAGGUGGUGGAGGAAGUGGUGUCCCCGCCGCCCUACCCCAUGCAGACUCUGCUGUGCGCGUCGGGGGCGCUCAAGACCCUCUGCUGAGGGGCCCGGACAAGACCGCUGCCCGAAAACCAGAAAACUGUGAACUGUCCCACUUGAAAAUGGAUCUGAAAGCGACAUUUGGAUCCCCGAGCAAUCAGUCCUGGAUCCGUGUUUCCCAACCUACAUUGCGCCAAGGCGCAGAUUUUAUAUUCCAAAAAAUCACCCGGCACACCACCAAAUAAAAAGUGCCCCAUUUUUUCAGUUUGGCGUUCUUUGCCCAAAAACCCAAAAACAAUUCGCUGUUUCUGUGCUCAGGCCAAAGUGAUUUAAGAAAAUAAAUACAUCAAAAAUGCUUUGCUACCUUCUUGUGGCAUCUUAGUGCCAAGGAACUAUGCUGAAGUGAGUAGAAGAGCUUCUUUCCGAUUACACUGAGGUCGUGCAACUCCAAAUUCAGACUUGCCUGUAAACUGGCAAAACCCGUCACGCUUCCAAUUCUGCGAUGCGCCGUACCGCGAGCGGUGAACUUCGCUGUACUUGUUCUUCUCUGUCACUUUACAUCGAUUGCAUAGAUGGAUCUCCAAAAACAAAUGGCAACGUUUUCGGACGAAUGUGGUUGGGAAUCACUGUGCUUUGAGGACACCGCGUCAACACGCGCGCUGUAUUAUACACGGAAUUUUGCGGUUCUAACGACGUGGUCGCUAACUGAGCCGCCGACUGAUUCGCACCAGCUAAAGGACCCGCCUCUUCCCCCGUCCCGACUACACUUUGUGUUCGCUACGUGUUUUCUGAGACGUCUUCGCCGGACCUCCGGCUCGGAAUUCCGAGCGAGCUCUCGCUGCGCUAUUCAAAGGAAAGCCAAAAUGGUGUAGCGUAACCGCAAUGUUUAACGCCGCUUACCUCAGUUUUUUGUUCAAUACCGACUACGUAGGUGCCAAGUGUUGUUUGUUUUUAUGGCGACGGCGCUAGUUUCCGUCCUGGCUUUUUAUACCAGCUCUUAUGUCCGUUAUUUUCCACUCUGGGUUAGAAACAGUUCAGUAUAUUCCAAAGCAACUUUAAGAGCAUUCGUAGCCAGUCGGAAGCAUGAAUAAAGUCGCAAGUUUAACUUCAAUUAGUGUUCCAAUGGGGACUCAUUUGGGUGAAUUCCCGAGUAGGAGUUCACCCCAAAUGGCCGACUUCCUGUUCCAUUUGGGGUACUGGUUCUUGAGACUUUUAAUCGUGCGUCCGAGUGUGAUAAACACGUCCACCCGAUUUCCCGUCAAACUGCCGUCGGGGUGCUGAUUUUUCUUUUCUUUUCUUUUAUUUUUUUUUAAUUUAAUUU